AUGCACGAGCAAUUCUCGCAGCUCAAGGCCCUCCUCGACUCUGAGCGCAAAGCCCGCGUCGAACAGGCACACCUCCUCCUCUUUCCCUCUGAUGUCGAGAAGGCACGCGCAGAGGCCGAGAACGAACUCAAGGAGGUCCGCUCGGCCUUUGAAGGCACGGUGUGGACGAGGGUGGGGCUAGAAGAGGAGGUGAAGAAGAUGGAGAAGGAGACCUACUUCCUCAAGAAGAUGCUGGACGAGCUGUCCGCCUCGACCAACAACUCGGUCGGGAUCGAAGAGAAGAUAGAGAGUCUGGAAUCCCAAGUCGAAGAGCGGGAGUUCCUCACUCGAGUGCUGAAGCGGCUGCAAGACCAGACGCGGGUGAUGCGAAACACUCUCGACCUCCACAUCCAGGGCAAGAAUGCCAAUUACGCCGACCUCGAAAGCAAGCGGAAUGAGCUGCGAAGAAAGCUGAGGGCUCGAGGCGACGUGGAGCGGGUGAUCAUGGAGCUCGAGGACGAGGUCGAAUCGCUCAAGGCGCAGAUCAAGCAGGAGGAAAAGGCCCGCGAGCAGCAGGAAUGGCUCGUCGACAUCGAAAUCAACGAUCUAAGCAAGAGGCAAGCCCACUCCCCCCUCCCCCUCAAUGCUCCGCUUUCACUCGGCUUGGAGAUCGCGGCGAGGGAGAAGACGCGAAAGAUGAUCGACCAAGCCGCCGCGCACCGGAAGAAAAUCGUUCAGGAGCUCGAAGCCCUCAAGGCCAGAGCUGUGGCGUCGCCCGGUGGUAUGAGGGACGGCAAGGAGGGAGCGCGGAACGAAUUCAGAAAAUCGUUCCACCCGGCGGCGUUCCAUCGCACCCAAAGCGGCCCCAACAUCGACGAAAAGAAGGAUGACGAAGCGCAACCGAGUUCGAGCCUGAGCGCUGGGUCGUUCUCGCCCGUCAGAGAAAGCUCGUCCCUGUUCGUGAGCGGCGAAAUGGUCUUCAAGGGCGGAAGCAGUGGCUCCACCCCGGGCUCGGCGAAAGUCACCGGGCGGCGAGAAAGCCUCACCGGCAGUAUAUCGCCCAGUCUCUCCCUGUCGGAGCCCAGGGAAUCGGACAGCGAACUCGGCGACCUUCCUUUCACACGCAACCUGCAAGACCUGCGAAAUAAGGUGGACGAGGUGUGGGAGGUGAUGAGCGAGGAGGGGGACAGGAGCCGCAGCCUGGAGAGGGAGCUGAAGGAGAUGCAGAAGGCCGUGGACGAGGAGCGGGAGGAGCGGCGCCGGCUGGUGCAGGCCAUGGCCGAGGAGCGCGAGCGGCGGGAGGAACUCGAGCGGAAGCUCACACGCGUCCUCGAGCUUCACCAACAAGGAGCAAGCCCUGCCCAGGAAUGA